UCUUGCUGGAAGGUGACAACUGACUGCUUACACAUUAACCAGAGGAGCUGCAGUAUGUUGUCUCCUUAUCCAUGUUUUUCUGAUCUCAUAUGACCACAACAUUUAGCAUUAGCAAUUUGGUAAAUGGGUACUUGGUAUAAAUCACAUUUGAGACUAUAAGUGGUGAUAUACAACAAAACAGGACAGACAUUUAUACACAACGUAACUAUCUGAAAAAGAAUCAACAUAAGAACUGGAAAUCUCUCUCUCUCUGAUGCAGUCUACUUAGUAAAAUGUCAAGGAUGUUGUGGCUCAAAAACAGAAGACCAGAUGCCAAUCAUCAGGGAUUCAACAAAGGAUAAGAGUUAUGACUCAACUGCAAGGCAAGAAAACCCUUUACAGACAGGAACUCAGUUCAAACCAUCUCCUAAGAAAGAUGCAUCAGCCAGAUCCAGGAAGAACACUGUAGAGUUCGAUAUAAAUCAAGCACGCUCAUAUGAAGUGGAUGUUAGUCUGGAUGUGGACACAGCUCACCCUAAGCUGAAGAUAAAUGGGAAAUCACUACAGUGGACUAAUGAAUCACCACAGAGAAACAUUAACAUUGAGAAGUGUUUUGAUGAAGAGCCUUUUGUGUUGGGCAAUAUGGGCCGUGCACGGAAGAGUUACUGGGAGGUGAAUGUGAAGGAGAAGGAUGACUGGGUGCUUGGCGUUGCCAAGGCAACGGCUCACAGGAAGGGGCCGCUGGUUUUCAGACCAACAGGUGGCUUCUGGGUAAUCAGACUUUCCAAUGGGCAAAGACUUAAAGCAAUGGAGGAUGAAGAACACAUUCUUGAGAAAGGUAUUCCAGAUAAAGUUGGUAUCUAUCUAGAUUAUCAGGAAAGGAAGGUGACUUUCUUUAAUGCAGAUGACGGUUCACUCAUCUACUCAUUUAUUGAUGGACCAAGUUAUCAGGAUGAUGUCCUGCCACUUUUCUCACCCGGGAACAACGAUGCAAAACCAAUUGCAAUUUUGUCCAUCACAGCAACAUAGAAAAACACAAUUGAUCAUAUUCCCUGUCUGUCAAUAGCUUAUCAUGGUAUCAAGCUAUGUUAAUAUUUUUGAUUAAGUAAUUUGUAUGAUCCUUUGCUGUCAUCUAACCAGGCAUCUACGUUGUGUUCCAUUAUUUGUAUUAAUAUAUUAGUCGUUCAUUAUUUCAAUAGAUUUUUGUGUAUGAAAUUAAACAAUCAUUUUGUUUUAAAAUACUAAAUGUUGAUUUGUGAAAAAUACAAGAUCUUAUUUGGCAUCUGGAUGUAGAUCUAUUGAUGACUAGGAUUGAGAAAAACAACGACCUUCUAUUGGCUUGUAUGUAGUUGUUUUGACAACUUUGGUAAUCAUCCAUCACGUAAAACUUUGCUUAUAUUUACAAUGACCAAGCAUGAGAGCUGGAUUGCCAGAGUUUUGACACAAUAUAUUGACCCUGUAAAGCCUGAAGUUAGUUGUUCAGUGUAACAUCUAGGUGGACCGUCUUUUCAUUACAGACAUUUCUAACAUGCUAGUUCAAUCAGUGUGUGAUAUAAAGUGAUUCUAUGAUUUGUUUUUAAAAGAA